GCUGCUUGCACUAGUGCUGGAAAAAGAGAGGCUGUGCUGGGGGACUGCCAUUAGCAGAAAGCUGCGAACAUACUAAGGUCUUAGAAAAGAGGAGGACUUUUGUUUUCAUCACUGAGUCCUGGGUUCUCAGAAAGAAUGCCAGGUGGGAAGAUCAAUGUGAAUGAUUGAGAACCAUCCCUUGAAUUAUCUUAGAGACUUUAUUUGGCAGGUAUCUCAAGCCAAGGAAACUGUUGGUGUACUUAUAACAACCAUCCAGACAUUUUAAAUGGUAUGGGCCUGUGCUGUGUCAGUUUUAAGAACACUACUCUAAAGGGGCUGUGCUCUCUGCUGACUAGUUGUGAUCUCUAUCUCUACCCGGAGAACACACUAUAAAGGAGAAUCCAAAGAAAACUCCCUUGCCUGUUGAAACCACCAGUCAUGACAACCCGAAUAAACACCGUGGAGAAAUCGUUCACUCUGUUUCUCUUCUUAUAUAGAAACACCCAUCUGGUAAGAAAUUUUGUAAGAAAACGAAUGUCACAUGUUUGUUUCCAGAUGGGAGGAAGGAAACGCAUACCUCCCUCCAACAGAGUAAACCCCAGACCAGUAGCAUGGACAUCACGCGGGACCUUGUUAGGUAGGUUCUGGAGCCCUAACCCAGAUGUAGUGAAUCAGAAAUUCUGUGGCAGGGCCCAUCAGUCUGAGCUAGAACGUCCCCCCAGGUGAUGCUAAUGCACUUAAAUUUGAUCCUCACUGCCCGAGGUACUCCAGGUGUGGUGUUGGAAGGCCCUCGGUACCACUUUGCCUUAGCCUUUGGCCCUAGGAUGGGUAAUUAGGGAGCUCGCUGCAGUUCUGCACAGGAUUAAGCUGUUUAGGAGAGGCACACGCGGUCCGCUAUAUAUAAGGCGUAGGAAGUCGUUCCUGCACGUAGAGGUCAAGGGCUCGCUUCCCCUCUUGCCUCUCCACCUGGACCGAGUCAAAGGCUGGGUUGAGUUUGAGACCCGGCAGGGGUCGCUGCUGCCCACCGAGAAAGACCGAGGGAGCAUGGCAAGCGGAGCCCAGAAUCUUUGACAUCACACUAAGCUCCUCCUUGCACGCACACAUUACACACACACACACAAACAUAUACAGACAUACACAGACCUCGGACUCCCCUCUGUCCGCUGUCUCCCUCUGCCCCGGAGCCGUCCCCUCCCCCGGCGAGGGCGUCCACGGCGCAGCCACCCGCAAACAGAGGAGCGCAGCGGCGUCCGGAGCGCAAGGGAGCCGGCGCGGAGCAGGAGCUGCCGCUCGCUAAAGCGCUCGGCGGCGGCAGCGGCCGGGACAUCCUCGGCGGCCCCUGGGGCUUGAAGCAGCUGCGCCUGCCCCCGCCGGGGCCGGAGCGCGCGGAGCCGCCACCCCGCAUGCUCCAGCGGCCCCUGCCACCCCUAUGAGAGAAGCAGAAGCCGGGCCAAGGAGCCGGACACUCGGCAGCUGGACUCCUCCGCAAGCCCAAGCGCCUCCUCCGCCCGCGCCCCUCCAGCGCCGGUGAAGCGAAAUGCAACCGCCACGCUCCUGCUGAAAGGGGAAGGGGCCCGCGCCAUCCUCUCCCUCGGAACGCGGCCCCCGCGGCGGCUGCGCGUCCCGGCCGCGGGCCCGCAGGUCCCGGGAGUGAACGCGAGGAGGAGGAGGAAAAGAAGAAGCUGCCGGCCCGGAGUUGGCUGGGGCGGGGGAGGAGGGACGGGGCGGGGGGAGGACGCGGGGGACGGGGAGGGGGCCCCGGCGGAUAAAGAUGGCAAUGUCUCUCAUCCAAGCGUGCCGCAGUCUGGCUCUCUCAACAUGGCUGCUUUCCUUUUGUUUCGUGCAUCUGCUCUGCCUGGACUUCACCGUGGCUGAGAAGGAGGAAUGGUACACCGCCUUCGUGAACAUCACCUACGCGGAGCCCGCGCCGGACCCCGGGCCCGGAGUGGCGGGCGGCGGCGGCACGGAGCUACACACCGAGAAGACUGAGUGCGGGCGCUACGGGGAGCACUCCCCCAAGCAGGACGCCCGCGGGGAGGUGGUCAUGGCCAGCUCGGCCCACGACCGCCUAGCCUGCGACCCCAGCACCAAGUUCGCCGCCCCGGCCCAUGGCAAGAACUGGAUAGCCCUCAUCCCCAAGGGCAACUGCACCUACAGGGAUAAGAUCCGGAACGCGUUCCUGCAGAACGCCUCCGCGGUGGUCAUCUUCAACGUGGGCUCCAGCACCAACGAGACCAUCACCAUGUCCCAUGCAGGUGUAGAAGACAUCGUGGCAAUAAUGAUUCCUGAGCCAAAAGGGAAGGAGAUAGUAAGCCUGCUGGAAAGGAACAUCACAGUGACCAUGUACAUCACCAUCGGAACCCGGAACUUGCAGAAAUAUGUGAGCCGCACUUCGGUUGUGUUUGUCUCCAUCUCCUUCAUCGUCCUGAUGAUCAUAUCCCUCGCAUGGCUGGUCUUUUAUUAUAUCCAGAGGUUUCGAUAUGCAAAUGCCAGGGACAGGAACCAGCGCCGACUGGGAGAUGCGGCAAAGAAAGCGAUCAGCAAGCUCCAGGUCAGAACCAUCAAGAAGGGUGAUAAGGAAACAGAGCCCGAUUUUGAUAACUGCGCAGUUUGCAUCGAAGGAUACAAGCCCAAUGACAUUGUGCGGAUCUUGCCCUGCCGGCAUCUUUUCCACAAGUCCUGUGUUGACCCCUGGCUUCUAGACCAUCGCACCUGUCCCAUGUGCAAGAUGAACAUUCUUAAAGCCCUAGGGAUCCCGCCCAAUGCCGACUGCAUAGAUGACUUGCCCACCGACUUCGAGGGAUCUCUAGGAGGCCCACCCACCAACCAGAUCACAGGCGCGAGCGACACCACUGUGAAUGAAAGUUCAGUCACCCUGGACCCUGCUGUCCGGACGGUGGGAGCCUUGCAGGUGGUCCCGGAUACAGAUCCCACCCCGCAGGAAGGAGAAGUCAUCUUUACCACUAACAGUGAGCAGGAGCCAGCUGUAAGCAGUGAUUCUGACAUCUCGCUGAUUAUGGCAAUGGAAGUUGGACUGUCUGAUGUAGAACUUUCCACUGACCAAGACUGCGAAGAGGUUAAGUCUUGAAACGGUGACUAUAGAACAAAGGGGUGGUAGGACCCAGGGGGAAGGGAGGGAGGAGGACCUCAAGAAUUGGACCCUGCUACACACACCUCCAGAACCACUUGGUAACUCCACGGCGCUCCGCUCAAGAAUGGUAACGAAAGCAAUAUCCAAAGUCACGUUAAUCAGGAAGCCGUCUCUCCAUCUGUACAACAGUCCAUGGCCUUGGCAGCUGGGAAGUCGAAAGCUGAUUUUCCCUCCCAUGUCCUUGUAGACACACUUCAGGAGCUCCUAAAACAGACCGAAAGGACACGCUUAGGGCUUCUUAGUUUUAUUUCCUUUUCUUCCAGGUCUUGUUUUGUUGUUUGGGGAAUGUUGUUUGAUUUCUUUGGCAGUUUCUUUCUAAAGACUGUGUGCAGUUUACAUGAUGUCCACCCCUUCGGUUGACUCCAGGUUUGUACAGAGUUCUGUCUCGAAGCAGCAGUUCCUGCUGUGACUGGUUUGUACGCUGUCGCUGAGAUGAAUGGCCUUGACCUCUCGGCAUGAAGUGUGCUUGGCUUUGGGACGUGCCUCGGCACCCCGAAACAGUCUAAGGCCAGCUUUCCUUAAGAAUCUAAGUUCUUUCAAGUGGAUCUUAAAGAUCCUAGCUUCCAGAGACCCCAACACUAAGCUCUGAAUCCACUGAGACUACCACUCAUUAUUUGCAUUCACAUCACGCUCACUCCCACUUGCCAGGCUCUGUUAAUGGCCCCCGUGAUGUGAGAAGGAAGCUUCAUUUUUGCCUGGAUCUUACAGUGUUUGACUGAAAUUCCAAACUCAGAAGUCUCCUCCUGGGCUGUAGCGCUGUUCUUCAUGACUGUAGGGCUUGUAGCUGGGACUGCAAGCCCGUUUUUAAGACCAGUCACUGCAUAUUCUUCCCAAAAGCAAAAUGUCUGUUACAGUGGUGUCCACAAGGCUGAAUGAAACAGUCUUUUGUUCCUUCCACAAGUGGCUUCUGUAGGUGAUGGAGGCUUCAGAAGAGACCCAGUCCUCUGGGAACCCAGUGUCAAACACACUGGGUUCUCCCAGGUGUGGGAGCACCCGGGUUUUCCCUUAAUCCCAACACAUUUGUGUUAAAAUUCACCAGACCUCAAGGAAGGGUUCAUGGGAAUCCUUGGCAGCUUGCUUCCUGGGCUCCCCAAGUACAUCUAAAUCUCAAGUGAGGAGGGACGUGUGAUCUGAUAAACCAUUUGGUCUAAAAAGUACAGCAUGGGGAAUUUGCUAACCAAGUCUCUCCUAACAGAGAGAGACAAAGAGGGACAGGAAAAGAGGCAUCCAAUGGAUACUGAAACCCACCGACAUUUUUAAAACUACUUACGUUUUUAUUCUUUUUUCUUUCUUUCUUUCUUUUUUUUUUUUUUUUGUAACUAUGACAGAGAUGUGCUAUUUUUUUCAGUGGAGAAUUUUGUAAUUCAUUUAGACUAUCAUGCAGAGAUGACUAAGGCAGUGAAUGGUUUCCCCGGACAAUCACGGAUCACCUCACCCUCUGCCAGAAGGCGAUGGUGGCUGCGUGGGUUACUAAGAAGGAAGGCUUUUCUCACUGAGUUAUUUACAUCUUUAACAAGGCUUUUCCACCUCAUUACACUAAUACUCAUCCAAAAACCAGAGCUGAGCUGUGUCGUAAAUCUCCGCUGCCUGCUGAAACGUAGAGUGGAUGUCACAGGAGUGGAUGGCAGACUACUGGUCGCUCCCCCCCCCCCCGCCCCCACUCCCAUCUUUAAUGAUUCCCUAUUCGAUGCUUUCUAAGUAGGCAGCAAGGCAAGGAAAAUGAUGACCACCUUCAGAAAUGUCACAGCUCUCUGGGAGUCUCACACUUCUUAUAAUGAAACCCAGUGUCAGUGUGCGAAGGCAGGCAGGGAGGAGUGAACAUAGCACUGAAUCGAAGUCUGGAGUCCGGGCUGAGUCACAUGUUUGCUGAGCCUCACCUUCUCCCUCUGUGAAAUGAAGGAGUUCCACGAGAUGAUGGCCAAGGCUCCUUCUGGCCUUGAGACUGCUAAUGAGCUUUUUGCCCCGAGAUGGGGGGAGCAGGGGGUGGGGGGGUGUCCCUUUUUUGGCAGAUGGGGAUGACAUAUAGCUGACUUCAUACCUUGGGGAGGCAGUUUCUUGACACAUAACGUACACGAAUGGCUUUGGUGCUGAGAAUGACUAUCGAGAUGAUUCAAGGUUGAAGUCCAAGUAGGAGUGGUUUUGUUUCACCUGGUUUUAAAAUAGCUGUUAGUCACAGAGUCUGUAAUGUCCGGAUACCUUCAAAUUCUAGUCCUCGGUCUGGGAUUCUUUGUCUCAGAGUGUUUCUUGUUCUUGGUCAGCAUAGCAUUACACUGUGUACCCUUGAGUCAUCUCUACCUGAAGCACACUUGGGUAUUAACUUACGUCAAGUGGAAUUAGAAGGAUAAUCCAACAGCAAAAGAAAUAAAAUUGUAUUCCAUACCCAGGGGAGAAAAUGCCCUUUGCACUGCAUACUUCUCCAUAUGAUGAGUGUUGUCUCUUCCAGCCGGUGACCAGAUAAAUCAGGAAUCGGUUGCCUUUGUACACCACAACUGUGGCCCCCCCUAUAGGAUGCUGAAUAGAUGAGGAGGGGCCCGGAGCAGGGUGAGGGGCAUCUGGGUGGGCUUUUACCCCAAGGAGGUUCUGCUGCAAAAUCCCUGAGCCUAGGAGGCUCUCCAUUUACCAAAGGUUUAUUUUCAGAGGAUUUUCCUGUGGCUUUGGUGGUUUAAAAAAAAAAUUUAAAAAAAAGUUUAACCAGCAUAGAAGAGUUUAAAAGAAAUGAAAAACUUCUCCCAUAGCCUUCUUCACCACCACCCCCCCUCCCCCAAAGAGUAAAUUUUGAGCUGGGAACCCUCUAGAAGCAUAUGCAAACUUCAUGUGUAUUUACAGAUGCGCAUUCCUCUAUAAUGAGUGUCCAGACUAGCACUAUCCAAUAGAAAUAUAAUGCAAAUCACUCAUGUAAAUUUUACAUUUUCUACUGGCUACAUUUUACAAAGUAAAGAGGAAUGUUUCAAAAUAAUUUUAAUAGUAUAUGUAAUCUUUUUGUUUCAAUGUGUAAAAAGCAUAAAUGAAAUCUUGUACAUUCUUUUUUGUAUGAAAUCCUCUAAACCCAUAGUGUGUUUAAGCUCCCAGAAUGCCUCAUUUUGGGCUAGCUACAUCUCCAGCCCUGUGUCAACAGCCACUUGUGGCCCAUGGCUCCCAGCUGGAUAGCACAGGUGCAGAGCUGCUCCAGCAUUCUCGCAAGAUCCCCUGACCCUUGCAAAGAAAAAAAAAAGUUAAAACCUAAUUACCUCCAGAGAGAACUAGACUCCACCCAAGUUGCCUAAUGAGAGCCCCAAAGAUCUGUUUGUUUUACGACAAGUAAAUAGGCCAUGCUUUUUGAAAUUUCUGCCUGACCUUUCUCACCAUACACUGAUGUCCAUUACUAUUACCGUUACUUUGCUGACCAGUUGUGGUUUUUUUUUUAAAGUCACACAAACCCUGUUGAUUUGGUGCUGAAAUGAAAUUGUCUCCCUCACUUCUAUGACAAACCCUUAGACUGGUAUGUGGCACUCGGGAGCCAAAAAGAAUUCCAUCCAACUUCACCUCAACCCCUAGUUCUCCUGCUUCCGGACUGGCCGAAGGCCUUUGCCCAGUGCCAGUGCUCCCUGGGGAUUUGAGAGGGAAAAGUAGGAAGUUACGUACUGACACCAGGUACAAGACUCCGAGUAGCCUUAUGGAGAAGCCUUUGGGGUUGUGACCAUCCAGCCCUAUUGGGUGAAUCAUGAUAGCUGCCCACUGCCAGCUCCCCGAUCAGAAGUCAGCAUCCUCCCACCCCAAGGCUGUGGGCAAGAGAGGGAGCACUUCCAUUCCCUCAGGAGAACGGAGAGUCACCUCUAGGAAUUGCCUCUUCCAUGUGACUGAUCCUCUGAAAGGAACUGAGCCCUGAUUAUGAAUACAGCAGCUAACCAUUGAUUUCGUCUCCAGUCUUAGUUGCCCCUGAAAUAGUAACCCCAUCACCUAGGCAGGAAGAAGGGGACUUGGGAGAAGCAGGAAGUGAAUAGCAGAGGGCCGCCUGGCUGGCUCAGUCGGUAGAGCAAGCGAUUCUUGAUCUUAGGGGUGUGAGUUCGAGCCCCACAUUGGAUGUAGAGAUUACUUUUUAAAAAUCCUUAAAAAAAAAAAAAAAAAAGAUAGUGGCAAAACCCUUUUCUGACAUCACCUCGUCAUGAUGGUAACCAUGGAGGCAAAUCCCUGUCCAAAGAUUGUUUUCAGCAUUUCCCUCAUUCUGGACAUUCACGGGUCUGGGAUGGUUAUGUCAGAAACUACAGUGCCUGGGGGCUGCUUCAGACCGUGCUGACAUCCCUGCGGCCACCAGACUUUCAGACCCAAAAGUGGUGACAGAUAGCCUGACAUGGGGUUCUUUUUUAUCUAUGAGUUGUGUUUAGAUGAAAAUUCCUGCAGAGCAUAAAAAAUAAGUGGCAUUUAGUUAUCCAUGGAGUGCAUCACCUUGAUUGAAAACAAAGAAAUCUCAUUAAAUCAAAACUCUUUCAGAAAAUCUAAGAUAUGGAGUCUCAUCCUCUGUGGAGCAAGGACCCAGCCACCUAUGGUACUGUGGCCCCUGCAGCAAUUUUCAGUGGCAUUUUUUAUAUGGUGGAGCUUAGAUCUCUUUCCCUUUUUCCCUGUAUGUGUGUGUGUGUGUGUGUGUGUGUGUGUGUAUCUGGCUUUCAUUGACUGCUGUCUCUGUACACACACCUACCUACACACAACCUUUUCCCAUCCUUUGGGACAAAAAAACCUUGGUAGCUUUGGAUCUGUAGACUUAUCAUUAUUGUGAAUACCAUUGUUACUGUUGUUGGUGUUUUUCUUGUUUUAUUGUGUGGCAGUGUCUAUAUUUGCACUUCUGAUGAGGAAAACCAGUUUACUCUAAAGGCAAAUUAACUUCCUCCGAAAUGGAGUUAGCCGUGUUUUCACUUCUCCAAGCACUAAUUUAAUCACAGACCGCUAUAGCUACUGCCUUUUUUUCAGGCUCCCUUGCCAAUAAAGUCUCCUAGGCAGAUAAUGGCCAAGUCACAAUUCCAGAAUGCUGUUGAGAUCUGUUAUGUUCUACCUUGAGCAUUUGUGACCUUCUAGUCCACCAGAGGCCCCUGAGGUUAAGACUUCUUAGAAAAAUGUAAACUGGCCAGACCAUAUCCCAUGUCCACUCAUGCUUCUUAACUCUGCUUCCUAGCACAAGAACUUCCUCUUUGUUAAGGAAUCUGAGGGCCAUUUCUUCCUUAAGACUGAAAAAGAGAUGCAAAGAAACCAUUCUCCUAAGGUGAGGGACAAAGGUUCCUUGCACAGUGCUGUGUGUCACAGACAUGUAACUGAUGAUGGCAGGAGGUGGGAAUACUAGCCUGCAGAAAGUGAGAAGGGAUGGCUGGACAUGAACAUGGGCACUCUUUCCAAAUAAAAGCUCAUCCCCUAGGUUUAGAGCUGACCCCAUGUUUUUGGGUAUGUGUGUGUGUAUGUGUGUGUUUCAAGGAGUUUAACACUCAUGAGUUAAACUCUCGUGGUUGCAAAGAAGGUUGGGUUGUCUGAAAGAUAAAUUAAUUCUGAGAAACAAAAUGAGUUUCUCAGCAUCACUUACCUCUUCUCUUUGCCUUCUUGUCUCCCCAUCUCACAGCUCCAGACCCUUUGUAAUAGCAGCAGCAAUUUGUAAAAAUAAUAAUAAUAAUAAUAAUAAUCCAUAGAUUGGUCGCCACGCUUCCACUUUGAUCCUUAUGAUGACACGAAAUUAUCCCAAAACGAAAGAGGUGAUUCCGGGUCCUAUACGUAGAUCCUUAUUUAUCAAACCAUUUAAGGACAAAACCUGCUUUUUGUGCAAAGAACCUGACGAGGUCACUCGCAUCUCUCUUUAUCACCCUGUGAACUAUGUCUGCCUCAAUCAAGUGGCUUUUUCAGGACUCUCAGUGAUCAAAGACCUUUUCAUCCUUGUGCUCCUCUUGAUUGAUGUUUGUACUUACUACAGAGCUAUUCGCUCCCUGAGAAAUGUUUGUUGAUGAUAAUGAUGAGGCAAGAACCAGUCUCUUAAGGGGUCCGCAGGUCUGUACAGAGCAAGGGAGAACUUCUGGGGAGAAGGUAGCUAGCUCCACCCAAGGUAUCCAGAACCGCCGCUGGCAGAACGUCUGUGGUCUUGUCAUCCUUACUGAAUUGAAAGGCUUAGAGAAGCAAGAAAAUGUGAGGACCAUGUGUGCUAUGUAAACCAAAGACCGAUCACCAUCCAAAUGGACACAUGUUCUUCCAUUGCCUCAUUUAAUUUUCUCCUAACGGUCUCGUAAAUAAAAGUGAAGGUGGGUUGCCUAGUCAGACGAAACUGUGAAAUCUUAGGGGGUUUUCUCUUUGCAGGCUGGAGAUGGCCCUUACUAAAUCCAGAAAUCUAAAAAAAAAAAAAAGAAGAAAAAAAAAAGAAAAAUUGUGGCCUUAGUACCACACCAUCUUUCAAGUCUGGUGUUUCGUCUCCCUUUUCCCCUUAAAAAGUUUUAGACAAAACUAGCGCUUUAUUGUACUCGGAAUUAUUGUUCUCUUUGAGAAUGUGAAGAUUUUCAAUAGCCAAAGAAUUUUCAUGUAAGAGAGCUUCUUAAUUAGAGUGUAUCCCGCGCUUUUGAAGAAAAUACCAAACUAUUGCCUGUGCGAAGAGACAACAGAGCAGUUGGAGAAAGAUUGCCAGGAUACGAGUUCUCUGUUGGCAUCUGUGGUCCUCCUGGUCAGUAGGCUGUUCUAGCAAGGGGGCGGGGCGCCCUCUGCUGGAGGAAUCGCCGUUCUGUCAGCCAGUUAAUUUGACUAGGGUCACCAUUUCCUCAAGGACUAGUUACUUGCCUUUCCUCACACAGUUUCCGUCUAUCAAAAGAGGAAGGGAUGUCACAAGCUCGGAAGAAUUGAAGGAGAGCCCCACAGAAGAUCUUACUGUCCGCAGCCCUUUCUUCUGCCAAAUGUCAAAGCAUAUCGUUAGCUCUGUUGGCAAAGGAGAUGCCUCUGGCUGGAAUGUUUGUGCAGAGUUGGAAGGCAAGGAAGGGCCUGAGUGUUUUUGUAACUUAUCUCAACUCUCUUCUUGUCAAGUCACAAAGGAAGAUCAAUAAACAGACUUCUUUCAUAUGAAUGUAAAUGGUGUGAAAUACUGACGUGUUUUGUACAUGUACAUAAUAAUAUAUUUACUUCCCGCUUUCACAUUAGUAAUCUGAAAUGGCUGUACCAUUUUAUAAUUAGAAAGAGAUGUAGGGGGUGUGGGAGGGUUGGAGGGGCUGUUAUUUUUAUAGUGGGAUGUCCCUUAUAUUUAGAAAACUUGAAGUAAUUUUGUACUUGUGAAAAGUUACAUUCCAUUCAUUUCCUCAAAAAUAAUGGAACUUGUUCUUUAAAAUAUUCAUGAGCUGGGAGGAUGACUAUUCUAGUUUCCAGGGGAGCCUCCCAAGCAGUGUAUAUGUGAUACCCAAUUUUGUAGACUGCAGACCAUGACCAGCAAUUGCCAUUUCAAUAAUGUGAAAAGAGGAAAAAAAAAAAAAGACUUCUUUUAAUCCCUUUGUAUAUAACACAUUGUUUUCACAGGAGGGGAAAUGUGCUACAAAGAAUUUACCAUUAUAAAAUAAUCAGAAAUGGCACCAUAAAUCAAUCUCUAGUAUUUCCCUGCUGGCAAGAAAAGAAUCCAGUGGAUUUGUUUUUCCUCCCUAUACAUGAACUUGUCUGCUUUUAUCGUAAAACAAGUCAUGUCAGGUAGAAUUUUACUUUGGCCAGUCCGCAGAUCAUACACGUGGUGGUGCCGUCCUGCCAUUUACCCAUCCUCCAUGUUCAGAUCCAGGGACAGCUUCCUGGAUUUAUUUGCCACAUGACUCAAAAAUCACAGAAAUGAUCACUGAUAGCAUUUGCAUGGGUAGCUUUUAAUUUGGACCUUGGUUAGCUCUUCAUUGCUGAGAACUUAAGUAGUGGAUUACGUAGUCUGUUUACCAAAACAUCGUCUUCUGUACAAAGUCACAGGUAUAUUUAAAUGAUUGGUGAAAGCCGUGUUGGCUUGGGGGUUUGGGGGGGGGGGGCUAGGAAGGUGGUAUAAAUCUCUCUUUCCUUUUUCCCCACCUCAGGCACCCACCUUACUCCUUCCAGAGCACUUUAUAUCUCUCAUGAAAUACACAGAAGUUUUAAAAGAUGUCUUUAAAGGGAUUUAUUUGUCUUCUGUUGGAAGACAUGGACUUUUAUUUUGCUUUAUUCUAUUAUCUAUGUGUUUGGAGAGCAUAAACAGUCUGUCUCAUACUGGGCUAGUAAUGAAAUAUUGAGGACGAUAGUUGGAAACACUCAACCGUACAACAUGGCUAUUUUUGUUAUUUAGAAGAUUAUCAUGUAAAUAAGUGCAAUCGUGUUCUUAUGUACUGGUAAAAAAAAAUGCAACUAUAAAGAUUUGAAAAGGAUUGUGAAUUCCAGGAAAUUUCAUUGCAAAAUUUUGUUCGGUUUUGUUUUCUAAUAAAAUGGAACCAGA